GACCAGCACAAAGAUGUGAUUGUCUGUCUCUGUAAAGUGCAGCCACAUGUUUGAUCGGCCGGGGUUUGGGGUAUGGAAGGGGAGCCAUGGAAGCAGAAAACGUUGGUGACAGGUUGUCUUUGCAUGUGUGGAUGUCUGUUGAGAUAGGCAUUUGGCACUAUGGAGGGCUGAAUGCUAGUGUUUGUAUGUUCCGUAGGUCUUUCAGGGACGAUUGACAGGCAAUCUAGUUUUCCCGUUUUCUUUGAGUUAGCUUGAAGACGCCAACAUUUCAGGCCGAGAGUCUGUAUUUUCAAUGUAGCAGUAACUUCAUGGUGUUCUUGUUGAGAAAGAUAGAUGUUUAAAAGGCAAAGAAUAUCCCUGAUGGAAAGGGCUAUUAUCCAAGGUAUUAAAAAGCUCCGCGUUUUAACUCCCUACGAUUAUGACAAUAUGGACGAACUCGUCCAAGAUCUAGCCAGUGCUCUGGAAGAGACAUCAUGUAGUAGGAUUUCUCCAGGCAAAGGGAAGAAAGGGCGAUCAUGGAAACGGCGUUCCAAAUCUACUGGAAACCUUGUUCCUCUUGGUAGCAGCCUUCCCAAGUCCAGUGCAGUUAGUGGGGAUUCUGAAUCAAGCCUAGAGGAUCGUAUGAGAAUUAGGAUGGAUGUGUCGGCCAAUGGUUCACAUGCUCCUAGUGAUUCUGAUGAAGUCUCUUCUUUCAAACAGAGGCAUCUUGCUGCCUGGCGCCAGUGUCCAAUAAACCUUCCUGAGUCAGAUUCUGUGAAUGAAAAUUUUUUGCCGGUAUAUCAGCAUAGAAGGAAACGCAAGUUCAAAAGAAUGGCAGUUGACCAUCAACCUGAUGAAGUUGAUAAUUCAGCAUCCUCAUUAGCAGGAGUUUCAGGAAUACAAAAGCUUAGACGCAUCAAAAGUGUGAGAAACUUAAAGAAUAAAGCUAAGGUAUGCAAAGUUAGUGAAGAUGACAUAGAAAACUUGGAAGGAGCCAUGAUGAUAGAUUCAGAAGCUUUUGCUGUAAGUGGUAAAAGGAAACGUAGCAUGCGGGAAAGAAGUGUAGAGUGCAUAGGACGAGGAGAAAGAUGCAAUUGUCAUUCCAAACCACAAUUCUUUUUACAUUCUCCAGAAAGAAGGGAACAUGCUUGUAGCAGCAGUAGUUUCAGCAGCAGUGAAAGUGAUUGUGGAAUUGUCACAAAUGAUGAGGGAAGAGAAGCUGAUGAUGAACAGAGUGACUUUUUUCAUGAAACUGGUCCCGUAUACGGUGUUCCAGGAGGUCCUUCCUGGUGGGAAGAAGACGAGAAUGAAGAACUACAACGAAGAGAAAUUAAAACACAAGAAAUAUCUGUUGACUGGAUACAACAUAUGUCAAGAGCAGCAAAAGAAGCAUCAUAUCAAGCUAGAAUAGCCAGAUUAGCGGCAAAACAUGGAAGAGAAAUACGAGCUGGAAGACGUAGGCUUGGAAGUACACGACCUUCUUUUUCUAUUGUGUCAUCUAUGAAUGAAAAGAUUUCUUCCUUCAUGCAGAAUCCCUUACAGAAUGAGCUCAGACUUCAACAUCUCCAGUUCGCAGAUUAUCAGCAGCUGAAUCAGUUAGCAGCACUGUAUUCCUUGGACAUUAGACAGGAAGGUUCAGUGGAGGGAGAAAGUACUUUGCUUCUUAAAACUAGACAUACAACGCAGGCUGUUUGUGUUGACCCUGCAGUCAGUCGAACAGCCAUGGUGGAUAUCAAAAGGCAAAGGAGAACACCACCUGUUGAUCCAUCUCUACAUUUCUUAAACAGUAACUUCCCUGAUAGUGAUUCAAUUCCAGUGAGCUGUAACUAUGUUACAGGGACUUAUAUAGAAGACAGUGUCUUGUUGCAUGACAACUGGCAGAGUUUAAGGAUUAGUCAAGUUUCAGGGGCACCAUGCACAAGUUCAGAUAGCCAGAACCAAGGUUUUCAGCCCUGUUUUGUACAGAUGUUGCCUACCUCCCAAACACCUCCUCCACCCCCACCUCCAUCUCCUCAACCAGGACAAGUAUCACAAGUUGGUUCAACAAUUUUUACUGAUUCAGUAACCACAGUAUCAUAUACACAAUUAAAGAAGAAGCAUAGGGAGUGUUUCAGUUGAUAAUAUGGCUGAUUUCAGAUGAGAUAUUGUGUAAAAUGAGCCAUUUCUAAGUAAAGAAGGUGUCAUCAAACAACAAAAAUCUUAAUAUAUUCUUUGUUUACAUUUCUGGACAUUUUUAUGAAUAGAUAUUCCAUAUAAAAAGUUAAUUGUUUUACAACUUGAGAGUUGAAAUUUAUACAGAGAAAUAUACAAAUAUGUACACACAAGUUCAAAAGUACAGUUAGAAAAGUUUUUUAUAGCAUCUAUACUUUAUUUUUACUCAAAUUUUACCAAUCAAAUUUCGAACCAUGAGGAAAUAAUGGUGAGUAACAUGAAUUUAUGAAAACUUUUAUAGCUUAAAACAUUGACAUAUGGAAUUUCAGUCAGGAGUCCAUGCUUUAGGAAAUUUAGAAAAAUUAGCUUGAAGAUGGUUUCACUACUGCCAUCCAUUGAUUGUUUUUACUGAGUUGCUGGUGGUUAAAUAGAAUACUAAUGAAAGACAUGAGUCACAAUGAGCAAAAUUACCUCUUAGUUUAUCAGGAGGAUUAAAAAAGAAUGUAUGUUGUUUGUAGCUUAAGGAAAGCAUUUCGAGACUUAAGUGAAGUGACCACUAAUUUGUAUAGAAGUGUUAAAUAUGAUCCUAAGAAGCACAUUGGUAUGCUAUUGAGUUACUGCUGAUUUUAUUUAUGAGAGCUUCUAUGACACUAUAUAGUUGGCCUCAAUAAGUGUUAUAAAUUCUUUCUGCUAAAGCACAUGUGGAAUAAUGUUUAAAAUUAUCUGAUAGGCUUAAAUCUGUUGAGUAUAUUCUAUUAAAAUUGUUCAGUCUUGUAUGAGUUUGAAUCAUCGUUUAGCAUUACUUGUGGGAAUAAUUUAAAAUAUUACUGUCAAAUGACAACUUCAUCAUUUCUACUUGAUCAUCUGUUUGCCGAUUAAACAUACAAUUUAUACAUACUAGCUAUAUAGUUUACACAUUGUUAAACCAUGUUGAUUACAACAUAUUUCACUGUGACAUUUUAUUUUGUUAAGCACCUGUUAAGAACAAAGGGAGGUGACUAGUAUUAAAAAUAUACUUUUGAUUUGAAUGAGUUAGCAUAUUUAUUUUGAAUUUAGCCAAAAUUGUAGGAUUGAACAUGAUUAUUAUUUUAACCAUUUAAAUUGUGUAGCAUGUUACUGCAGACAUAUACUAACAAUAUUCUUUUAACCAUUUAAAUUGUGUAGCAUGAACCUUGGAAUAAUUUGAAAUGUAUUUUUGUCAAAGAUAGCAUCAAACAAAUAAUAAUAAUAUGAACUUUUUUCAUUGUACUUAUAUUUAAGAGAAUAAUGAAAUGGAAAUAUUUUAGGAAGUUAUACAAACUCGAAGUGACUGUUUCCUUCUCUGAUGAACAGCCAAACACAUCUAGAGUAACUUUUUCCCACUAAAUCAAUAACCUGAUUGUUUUAAUAAUUUGCUGCUGUUAAGAAUUGAUUGAAUUAUUGCAUGGAAAAAUUAUGUAUGCUCAUAAAAAAAAUUACACACACAACUGCUUGUUCAGAUGUGCUGUAAAGUGUUUGUGAGUCGCUGUGGGGGAUAAGCUGCAACUCAUACUCAUGUUGAUGUAUUACAGUAAUCAUUGUUGAAUGUAUAUAUGCAACCAUCAUACUUUAUCCUCAUAUUGGAAAAAAGAAUUAUUCUGGUACUACACUAAAGUAUCGCACGUCCAUACUUUUCAUGGUGCACAAUGUAACCGUAACAUCACUAAUCACUAUUUUAAUUGCUGAAUUUGUAUGGAAUUAGACCUUAAAGUUAAAAAUAAAUGUAGUAGAAAUUAUUCGUGAGCUGGUUUAUGAGCCAGUUUUUGCUUUUGUAAGUUAAAAAAUAUCCACUGCUUUUGUUAUUGUUUUUACUUACCACAGAAAAUUGCUGUAUGUAAAUUUGAAUAUUGAAAUGGAAUAUAUCUAAAUUAUGGACUUUAGUUAUGUAUAAAAUACUAGACUAAUCUCUCAUUUUAGUUUAAAAUGUUUGUACUUGCCUAAUUAUGCCUUCUAAUAUAUGAUGUACGUGUUUGGAGUCUAAGAUAUCAGAAUCUCCAAGUAUUAUAUAUAUAAAUGAUGUAGGGUUUCUAAUAUGGUAUAAUUAACAAUGUGUACUAGUUUACAGACAAAGAAAGGGGAAAGGAAACAUGGUUAAAGUAUUUUUUUUGGUUAGUAGUUUAUGUGUGAUCCCAAUAAAAAAAAAGAUUUCUUAGUAGCUUUUGUCAUGUUUUCAUUUUUUCAGAACUUAACCUACAAAAAUUUUCUUUUAUGUGUAAGCUAUACUGUUGUUAAUAUGUCUGUUAUUAUUUAAACAAAACCAUUAUUAUUUCUCUGUGGAGAUAUAACAAACUAUAAAAAAUUGGCUUAACCAAAAUAAAAUUUGGGUGAGGUAAUUUCAAAAUUAAGUAGUUUUCAAUUCAUUGCAAUCAUUGGUCUUUCAAAUGUCAAUAUUCAAAGUUGUAUAUAACGUUUUUAUCAACAUUUUGUAAUAUUGGUGAUUGAUUGGUGUAUGGACCUAAUUGAUCAGCACAGUGUUAAGGUAAUAUUUGUACAGAUUUAUUGUUUAUAUAAUAAAGAAAAUAAAGUAUGUUAAUCAUGCUAUAUAACUUUUAAGGAAAGAAAAAAUAUAAAACAUUUGUUUAGGGAAAAACUAAAAUGAAAAAUUGUAUCGCCUACUCUGUUUUAGUAUAUCUUUUGAAUAUUUGGUUUACUUUAAAUGAAAGUAAUUGCAGUAAGUUUUUUCAUGUGUAGGCAAAGAAAGUGUAUACUUAAUGUACUUGAAGUGUCGUGAUUAAGACUUAAGAAUCCCCAAAGUGCUUCGAGGAUAUGGAGAAAAUUAUUAUACUUUUUUUUACCUUACUCACACUGUGUUAGUUUAUCUCUUCAAUAAUAAGGAAAUUGCAUGCUGUAAAUGUUUGUUUUUAUGAAAAUAUAUAUUUUGUUUCCAUCUUAAGUUAUGCUGUGAUUUUUUUAUUCCACCAGUAAUGGGGUUUAAAUUUAUAAAAAAUUGAAAGUCAUGAUGAAUGUAUGUUUAAGAACAUAAGGAAAGGCAGUGUAAGUGUUUGUUGAGACGAGUAUUAGAAUUUUGGAAAAAGAUAGAUUUAGCAUAACAACUCUCUUGUUCUUUGAAAAACAAAGACAAUUUUUGUUUUUAAACAAUUUACACAUGAAGUCUCAAUCACUUGUCUUUUGGAUCCAACCAAAAAAUGAUAACAACCAUUGAUGAAAACACUUUAAUUUGCCACUAAAAAGCUACAAUAAGUUUUUUUUUUUAUGGUUUAAAGAACAAAAAAUAUUCUACACUGGAGAGUAUGUGUCUCCAGUCUUGUGUAUUUGUUCUGGACUUCAUGGUUAAAGUGUCCUCAUUCACAUAGUACUUUUACUUUAUCAGUUUUGGUGUGUGGUUUUUGUUUUCUUAAUUAGCCUGUGAACUAAAAUAUUCAUUUUUUUGGUAAAGGUUUAUUUUUCUUAUGAUGAUGAUUUUGCUCUGUAUGCAUGUGCACAUAAACAAAAACCUUUUAUCUGUUGUAUUUUAUAAUAAAUUUAUCAGUAUAUUUAAUAGUUAAGUUUCAAAAUGUAGAAAAAUAGGAAUUUCUAAAUCUGAUGGAAGUUUAAAUUAAAAACACAAGUUCCUUGUUUUUUAUUAUGAUAUUCGUUUAGCUUAUUACCAUAGUUUUCUUUAUAAGUGCUUUAAAACUAUUUUUAGCAAUGGAAAUUAUUUCCAAGCAUGGUGGAACCAAUUUGUGGUCAAUUUGUGAACUUUGAUACUUAUAUGCCAACAAUAUAAUUACUAUUUGCAAGUAUUGUUAUCCAGAAGAAAUUUGCUUUAGACAAAAAUACAGUGAUAAGUAUGUUGAAUCACAACUUCAAUACUGUAAAUAGAUCUUUAAUAAUUAUAAUUUAAUCAUUCUUUUAAUGAAUUAGUGUUCUACAAUGCAUUGACCUGUAUAGAAUGCGAAGGAAUAAAUUGUUUUUGAAGAUUAAGUAAAUACCAUCAUCAGGAAUGGACUUUUGAAUAUAAUGAAUUUUUUUUAAAAAAGUGGUGAACUAUUAAUCAUAGUGACUGGAUCGAUAUAAAAGCCUAAGUUCUGUAUGGUGUUUUAUGAAAUGUUUUUUUCAGAGUAACUUUGAACCUGUUGUAAUUAUUUCUUGUUUAUUCUUAUGAAUAUUUUAAUUGGCAAUAAAGUUUUGGUGAUUCGCA